CUUACCACUUCGCAUUGUACGCUUGGAGGGAGACAACAACACUGUAUGUUACAUUUAAUAAAGUUGCUCAGAGUGGCUCGACAGGCACCAUGCUGAAUUUGAAAGGAGAGCUUAGAGUUUCCUUCACAGAGCUUCUGAAGUGUUUUAUAAGCCUUAAAGGAAACGGGAGAGGAAGAUUCAUACAUCUUCUUAUACAGACACUCAUAAGGACUUACAUCUUACAAAUACCACGAGUGUCUCGCAAGAACUUCAUCGUAACAGAUUCCAUGCGAUAAGAGUUAUCCAAGCAGCACUAUCGAUGAUAUAAGAACAGCGGAUGGAUAUAUCAUUAGAAGCAGGCACUGGAAAAAUGCUAGAAAUCCCUUGUUGCUUAGCAGAGAAAAAGUACUAAAUCCUAUCCUCCUUCUCAAUGGUUAUACUAUGGAGAGUUACUGGCUACCAACAGAACCACAUGAUUUAGUCCGAACUUUGUUGGAAGAAGGGCAUGAUGUUUGGCUAUUGCAGACUAGAUUGCACCCUCUGAAUCCUGCAAACAACGCUACUAUUGAAGAUAUUGGAAAAUAUGACAUCCCUGCUGCAUUUGGUAAGAUCCUUGAAGUUCACGGGCCCAGCACAAAGAUUCAUGUAGUGGCACACUGUGGUGGAGGCUUGGCCAUUCAUAUAGCUCUCAUGGGAGGGCAUGUCUCUGCGACCCAUAUAGCUUCUCUUUCUUGUACCAAUUCUUCAAUGUUCUUCAGGCUUACGGCAUUGGCCACAAUCAAAAUGUGGCUUCCCCUGGUCCCAAUAUCAAUGGCUAUACUAGGCAAGAAUAAAAUCCUACCUCUUCUGGAAAAAUCAAAGGGAAGUUCUGGACACAGGCUUUUGAAAUUCAUAGCUCGGUGUUUACCACGAUAUGAGAGAUGCACGUGCAAGGAGUGUGAGGUCCUCUCUGGAAUAUUUGGAAAUGCAUUCUGGCAUGAAAAUGUAAGCCCCGCCCUGCACCACUGGUUGAAUACAGAAAGCGCAACAAAGCUUCCCAUGUCAGCAUUUCCUCACCUGAGAAGAAUCUGCAACUCUGGAUAUAUUGUAGACAGUAAUGGUAACAACUCAUUCUUGAUCCAUCCAGAGAGAAUGGCAAUCUCAACGCUGUAUAUUUCUGGAGGGCGGAGUCUCCUUGUGACCCCAGAGACUUCUUAUCUUGCUAACAAGUACAUGAAGUUGCACCAACCUGGUUUUAGACAUGAAAGGGCGGUGGUGGACGGUUUUGGGCAUUCAGAUUUAUUGAUUGGAGAGAAGUCUCAUGAGAAAGUUUUUCCUCACAUAAUAUCUCAUAUCAGAUUAGCCGAACAAGAAGGAAAUGGGUUGACUCCAAGAAAGAAGGACAGCAAAGAGGCUUUGGACUGGGGUGAUGAUCCUUACAGAGAAUAUGGGGACUUCGGUUGCUGGUUUUUCGCGUUGGCUAUUAUUUUCUUCUUCUUGUUAUUACAUGUGUUGUUCUGGUGAUGUUAACGUGAUUUU